GUCUGCUACACGUAAUAUAAGAAGGGUCGCUGUCGUUCCAAGCGUUCUAAGAGAGAUUUCGGUGAUAUCUACCAUCUUUUCUGGAUUGUUCCAGGCGUUAACUCGUUUGGCAUAAAGCAGAUCGUUUGUAAAAUGCGAUUUUCUUAUGUUGUUGUGUGCUUGACAAUAAGUCUUGUAACAGCUAUUCCAAAACCAAACAAGACUUCAAGAGUUAAAGAUGAGCCGCUGAGUAGUCACAAACAUUAUGAAAAUGAAGAGCAUAAUGCUGACUAUGACCAUGAAGCUUUUCUAGGAGAUGAGGCUAAAACCUUUGAUCAACUGUCUCCCGAAGAAAGCAAGGAGCGUUUAGGGAAAAUUGUGGACAAAAUAGACCGUGACAUGGAUGGCAAGAUCACCAAAGAGGAGCUGAAAUCAUGGAUUCAGUAUACUCAAAGACGUUACAUAUUGGAGGAUGUUGACCGUCAGUGGAAAGCACACAAUCCUAAUAACAAGGACUCUAUCACAUGGGAAGAAUACAAAAAGAUGGUCUAUGGUUUCAUGGAUGAUAUGGAACCCUCAGAGCUGGAGAAUAAUGCUGAAGAAGGAUUUUCAUACAAGGACAUGAUUCGACGAGACCAACGUCGCUGGGGAAUUGCUGAUACUAACGCAGAUCACGCCCUUGACAAGGAAGAGUUCACAAACUUUUUACAUCCAGAAGAUGCCCCGCAUAUGAAGGAGAUUGUUGUUGUCGAAACGAUGGAGGACAUCGACAAGGAUAAAAACGGGUACAUCUCAUUGGAAGAAUACAUCGGUGACAUGUACCGAGGAAUCAAAGAUGAAGAUGAGCCUGAUUGGGUCAGGAACGAACGUGAGCAGUUUCAAAAUUAUCGCGACAAAAACAAAGACGGCCAUAUGGACACUGAUGAGGUUAAACAGUGGAUAAUCCCACCUGAUUUUGAUCACUCUGAAGCCGAAGCGAAACAUCUACUUCAAGAAUCGGACGCUGACGGCGACGGUCAGCUGACAAAAGACGAGAUCAUUAGCAAAUACGAUCUCUUCGUCGGUUCUCAGGCCACCGAUUUCGGUGAGGCGCUCAACCGACACGACGAAUUUUAGACAACACAAAAUCAAAUUCCUCAUGUUAUAGCAAUGUGAAAUGAACAUUCGCCUACGUCUGUGACCAAAGGCAGCAAUUUCGCUGGUUUGUAUCACUGCCAUUAUUGAUCAUUCGUUUUCCUCUAUCGAGCUUUGCCUUCAAAUUUUUUUUUGUUUAGAUUAUGCUAAUCAGUGUCAAAGUGUGCCAAAUUCUUAUCGCGCACCACAAAAAGUGCCUCAUUUUACUUGAUUACUAAACGUCGACGUAACUCGUGCAUAUUAUCUUCCUACUUCAUAAUAUUUCAUGUGUCUUUAUUUUCAUUUCAUAAUGAAUUUUCGAUUCGUUUACUUAAAAUCUCAGCUUCAAAAUUUAGAAUGUGACGUGAAAAAGUGCCGAUAAGUUUGUAAUGUUGUCAUCAGUAGUCAAUAAAAGGCCACUGGGUAUUCACCUUU